UAAAAGUCAGCAAAGCUAUGCACUGGGCCAAUGAAUGAUCUAUGCUAUUUUGAAUUAUGAAGACCUGUUCUGGGGACAUUUGGUUGAGAAGAGGCCGCCAUGCCAACCGACGCCGAGCUGGAGGCGCGCCGACUCUGGCGGGCCGCUGACGCCGUCUGCUUCGACGUCGACUCGACCGUGAUACGCGAGGAGGGAGUCGACGAACUGGCCAAGUUCCUCGGCAAGGCGGACGAGGUGGCGCAGCUAACGAAGCAUGCCAUGAGUGGCGCGCUCGAGUUCCGCGCCGCGUUGAGCCAGCGGUUGGGCCUGCUGCGGCCGUCCCGCGCGGCUCUGCUCGAGUUCACCGAGCGGCAGCAGCUGACCGUGUCCCCAGGUAUUAGCGAGCUGGUGCUGCUGCUGCAGCGGCGCGGCGUGCGCGUGUUCCUGGUCUCCGGCGGCUUCCACUGCCUGAUCGCGCCCGUCGCCCGGCUGCUCGCCAUCCCUGAGCAGCACGUCACCGCCAACAAGCUGCUGUUCGACUUCGACGGGAACUACGCGGGCUUUGACGAGUCGCAACCCACGUCGGCUUCCGGUGGCAAGCCCAAAGCCAUCCAGCGACUGAUCGACGAACACAAGCUUCGGUGCGUCGCCAUGGUCGGAGAUGGCGCCACCGACCUCGAAGCCGUUCCGCCAGCGCACGUGUUUAUUGGUUACGGCGGAAACGUGGUACGUCCCGCGGUGGAGGCGGCCGCGCCCUGGUUCGUACGCGACUUCCAGACGCUGAUCGAGGCCCUCGCCGACUGACGGCCGGGGAGCGGCGUCGCCAGUGUUAGAGAAUCUCGCGCGCCCGACCACGCGCCGUAGUGUCGGAGUGACUGUAGGGUAGUUUGUAGGCUGGUGCGCUCGAUCGCAUGGUGAUUACAUUGCUGGGGCAUACUUAAGGGCAGGGGCUCUGAUAUCAAGGUGUCUUUAGUGAAGAUCUUGGUGGAUGUAACCAAUGCUAAACGUCAAUGGUUCCAAUUUCAAAGUGUCUUCGGGGAAGAAGAGCUUAGCAAAUGUAGCCUGGAUAGUUAUUGAUAGUGUAUUGCAAACAGCCAUGGUUCAGGCUGGCCGGAUGCGUUAGAGCUGUUGGACAACCUUUCCCAGCCUGUUUUGUAUGUCAUGCAUAUAUACGCAGUACGCUUCCUUCAGACAUAUUGGCCAUGAAAACCACCACAUCAGUAGGACUGCUGGUCGGCCAUGUGAACCAUCACAUCAGUAGUACUGCUGGUUGGCCAUGUGAACUAUCACAUCAGUAGGACCGCUGGUUGGCCAUGUGAACCAUCACAUCAGUAGUACUGCUGGUUGGCCAUGUGAACCGUUACAUCAGUGAAACUGCUGGUUAGCCAUGAAAACCAUCACAUCAGUAGGACUGCUGGUUGGCCAUGUGAACCAUCACAUCAGUAGUACUGCUGGUCGGCCAUGUGAACCAUGACAUCAGUGAUACUGCGGGUUGCCUCCUUUGAUCCAUCGCGUUGUUGCGCGGUUCGGUGUACCAGAUAGCGGUGCCAUGACUUCGCAAUACCGUUAACCACGGCCUAUCUUGUACUUUACCACCACGGACACUGGAGGUGCCAUACAAAGACUGGGCCUAGUUCAUGCCGCAGUCCGCGGACCGGGCUGCGGUGUUGCGCAACACGUGACAGUGCACACCGCUUUCCGGAAGUGUUGCAGUCAUAAAUAGUGUUCCGUUGGCUGCACAGGUGCUUGCUCAGAUUAAGCGACUUUCGUAUUGAUCAAGUGUCACGUAGCGGCCAAAUGUGAGACGACCUCCCGUUGGGUGAUGCUGAACGUUUUUCGCCACACGAGUGCCAGAUCGAGCUGUCUUUCGGUAGAUGGAAAGUCACGGGUUCGAACCAGUAGGUAGAAUGUCAGCGUACCUGAGCUUGCAAUACUGUGACGACGUGCGCGAGGAACUGUACAGUGAUGCGUGCCCAAUAUCUCGUCCGCCAGCUGACGGCAGUGUGUGGUGCUUCCAUUGCGCGGAGCGGAGGGGAGGGGAAAUUGCGCUACCCGUGAAUAUAUGUUACUC